AUGUCGCCAGGAUCAUACAUGCAAGAUCUGGCGAAGCACAUCUCUUCUGCGACCGCGAUCCUGGCCCAAUAUCUCGCCUCCAAUGGCCUUCCCGACCUCUCGUUCGAUAAAGAUGCCCCUCUCCACAUGUCCGAUUUGCCCGAGGACAUUCAGACCGCGCGCCGACGCCUGAGGGAAGCUGCACACGAGCUGUACGUGCUGUCGACCGGUCCGAGCGAACAUAUAAGAUGGCUCUCAUGCAACUACCAUGAUUGCUCCAGCCUUCGCUGGAUCUAUCACUUCAAAAUCGCCGAAUUUGUGCCGCUUGAUGGCGAGAAGAGCUUCUCGGACGUGGCCAAGGACGCGAAUGUGGAUGAAGCUCGUCUCAAACGAGUACUACGGCAAGCUAUGACGAACAAGAUAUUUUGUGAGCCACGCGUCGGUUUUGUGGCCCAUACAGCCGCGUCAAGCGCUCUGGUGCGCGACCAAGGAACGCUGAACUGGGUCGGUUAUACCUUGGGCGAGUCCUUUCCAGCCUCGGCCAAAGUGGUCGAAGCCACGGAAAAAUGGGGCCCUUCCGAAGAGAAGAACCAUUGCGGCUGGAAUAUUGCUUUCGACACCGACCUGCCAAUCUUCCAGUACCUGUCGAGCCACCCGCAGCGCGCCGGUAGAUUUGCCGAAACCAUGAAGGCGUUGACAAGUACGGAUGGCUACCACAUCCGCCACCUGACAGAUGGGUAUCCGUGGAGAGACUUCACCGAGGGCACCGUGGUCGAUGUCGGUGGUUCUGUUGGCCAUAUGAGCAUCGGCCUCGCGGAAAAAUUUCCACAGCUCAAGUUCGUGGUUCAGGACCUUCCGGAUAUCAUCGCGGUAGGUGAGCCAGCGCUCCCCGCGGAGUUGAAGGGCCGCAUUUCUUUUCAGGCACAUGAUUUCUUCACCCCACAGCCGGUCCAAGGCGCGGACGUCUAUCUGCUCCGGUUCAUUCUGCACGACUACUCCGACACUCAUGCAACCCUUAUCCUAAAGAGCCUGCUUCCUGCCUUUAAAUCGACGUCAAAACUGCUGGUCAUGGACGGUGUUCUGCCAGAGCCGGGAAGCAUGGCCCCGAGUGAAGAGAGGCAAAUUAGAGUGAUGGACCUGGAAAUGAUGACAAACUUCAACGCAAAAGAGAGAGAGCUCGAUGACUGGCGCAGUCUGUUCUCCAGGGCCGAUCCAAGGUUGAAGAUAGCCAAUGUGAUCAAACCUCUUGGAAGCGUCAACUCAAUAAUCGAGGCUGUGCUCGAAGAGGCCUGA